AAAAAUGUAACACAUUUCCUGUUCGUGAUAUGAAAUGUGUCCGGCUAGACAAGCUAUGAAACCUUCUUGAAGUAAACUCUAAAUAUCAUUACAAACUGCAAAGUAUGGCAUCGGCUCCUUCCCCAUCCCCUCACAACCGGAGCAGGAGUGAGGAUGAGGAUGAUCCGGUGGAUACCAUGAUCUCCAGGACAGGCUGUGCUGAGCUGCACUUCGCUCUGCAGGACUGUAUGGCUGAGCACCAGGACUGGAGGAAGUGUCAGACUGAGGUUCAGAAGUUUAAGGAGUGUAUGACCACCUACCAGAACUCUCGAAAAGAGCAGCUCCUGAAGCAAAGGACGUCAGCUACAUAAUCUGCCCUCUGAGACAGUUAAAAUACAAUAAAAUCUCGUUUUCUUAACAAAAUGCGUUGUGUCAAGAAUGCAUAGACAGAGAUACUUCAUGAAAGGUGACUUUUUCAAGUACAUUUUAAUGUAGGCUAAGCUUAAUGUGCAUAGCAUAAUUAUUUUACAAUGACCAAAACUUCACACGUUUUUUUAAUACUUUGGUUUGAGAAGGUGUGGCCAAUUUGCAAUGGACUCAGGUGCUACAUUUAACUCACAAACUGGACAAUUAUAUUAAAUAAAUGUUCCUGGUGUUUCUUUUAUUCGCCUUCAAAAUAUAUUUGAAUGGAAUUGGUCUUAGGGUUUUUUUCUUUUCUUUUUGUGCAUCUUUAUUGUUUUGUAGUUUAUCUUUAACAAACAAAAAAGUUUCCGACUGAAGUCAUCCGGCAGGAAGUGACAUCAUUUUGGAGGGAAUACAACAGCACUGCACUGCACUUUAGUAAGAUUAGUUGUAGAUUUGUCUGGUGUUACAAUAUGUGCUGCUAGUUGAGAUUGAUAUAAAGGCAAUUGUGAGUUUAUAUCUCACAAUUCUGAGUUCAUACCUAAACUUGGAGUUGUAGGAAGAAAUAAUUGCACAAUAAACUCGCAAUUGCUUCCGUAAUGUUGUGUCUGAGCUUUACUACUGCUUUACUCUUUUAUAUAAGUGAUUUUGAAAAGCAUACUCUAAAUAAGCCACAGUAUGUUCAAAGUUCUGAAGCUAGAAUAUUAACUUGGACUGACACAAGAGAUCACACUACCAUUUUAAAAUCAUUGCACUGAGUUGAUUUUCAAGUUAUUAUGCUCACAUACGGUACAAAGCACUUCAUGGACCGACUCUGGAGUAUUUACCUCAGCUUUUAACACCACAUUUUCCUGAACAAAGUCUGGGAUGUUCAAUGGGUGACAGAGCAUUUUCCAUAUCUGCUCCUCUCGUAGAAUUUUUGAAACAUAUUUGUAUUUUCCUUGUAUGUUUACCUUGUUAAGCACUUUGUGAAGCUCCUUUAAAGGCACUAUAAAAAAAAAAUAAAAUUAUGAUUUA